AUGAAACUCGAUCGUGGCUGCAUAAGUGGUUCUCAGUUGAAAUACUGUAGAAACCGUGUAGUAUGGCUAGACGCGGAUGGCGAAUCCUUCAAGGUUUCAACCCCAGACUCGGAUGAAAUCAUGAAACUUCAGGACAUGCCCAUACAACAAGAGGGCUUAGAACCACAGAGCUCAGAAAUAUUAAUAGAGGAAGACAGGCCGAUGAAGCAGGUCUUGGGGAAGCGCAAGUAUACCGGUGCUGAAGAAGCAGCUCGGUUGAGCCUUGGAUAUUCUAAGAAGUGCGUCGCUUGUGAAGAACAGAUCAGUGGAUUGGCAUUCCGUUUGUCUAUGGAAACAUUGUCACACAGCAUAACUGUCAACAAGACAACAUACUGGAAGCUAAGUAAAUUAUAUUAA